AUGCCUAGCAAGAAUGCUCAGAAACGCUUUAAUCUUUACCAUCAAAUUUAUGAGUCUAAUAUCGCUCUCCUGACAGCUAACUCUGCUCUCAGAGAGCAGCUUCAGAAACUCUUCUGUUGUCUGUUAAAUAAGUUUCGUCUUCCCUCAGAGGAGAGGAAAGAAAAAGAAUAUGUCAAAUGGAGUGUGAAGCCAGUGAGUUCUAGUCAGCCACCUGGAGAGAUGGAGAAUGUGCCACUUCCUGAAGGCUGGCAGUGCUACAAGUCACCCGAAGGUCGCAGGUACUAUGUCAACACCUCCACGAAAGAGACAACGUGGCAAAGGCCCUCUGUUCCCACCCAGUCUGAAAAGAAAGAUCUCAUACAGAAGGAUUCUACUCCUCCAGGUAACACCACUCCUCCAGGUAACACUACUCCUCCAGUUAAAAGAAGUCAGUCCUCCGGAAGUCCUCAUCAAUUGCUGGACCCUGACGUGGCACUGCGGAAAAUCAGCAGAGAAAAACAGCUAGCAGGGUAUAUCGAAUCGGUAGGUGCCGGGCAGUACGGCCGCCAUGUUCUGGAGGAAGUUGGCUGCUUACAGCAGGAGGGGUUUUGGUUCCUCGUCACGCUCCUACAACCACCCCCACCUCCCUCUGUCACCCCCUCCCCCCAUCCCCCCAGCUCCACUCCGCUCGCCACGGCAACAGAGGCAGGCAGACCGCACUCAAUGGAGGAAAGCUUUGACACAGAGGGAAGUUUUGACGAUGCCUCCUGUCUCUCUUCACAGAGCCCAGGGUCCAUGUCACCUGCCCGGAAACAAAACAAGGAAAAGGAGAUUAAAGAGACCAAGAUCACUAUCAACUGCGUCACAUUUCCUCUGCCUAUGUCUACAGCAGAGCAGCAGCUACUCAAACCCAGUGAAUGGAGCUACUGUGACUACUUCUGGGCUGAUAAGAAAGACCCCCAGGGGACAGCAUAUGUUUGUGGAUUUGAAGUGUUGCUACAGAAACAGCUGAAGGGAAAACAGAUGCAAAAAGAGAUGGCAGAAUUUAUCAGAGAAAGAAUAAAGAUUGAAGAAGAGUAUGCCAAGAACCUCUCCAAGCUCUCUCAGAUUCCCCUGGCAGCCCAAGAGGAAGGGACUCUGGGGGAGGCUUGGGCCCAGCUGAAGAAGAGUCUAGCUGAUGAAGCAGAGGUCCACCUCAAAUUCUCCUCAAAGCUCCACACUGAGGUAGAGAGGCCAUUACUGACAUUCAGAGGAGAUAACUUUAAGAAAGAUAUGAAGAAAUAUGAUCAUCAUAUCGCAGACUUACGCAAACAACUGGCUAGCCGUUACGCUGCAGUGGAAAAGGCACGAAAGGCACUGGCAGACAGACAGAAGGAUUUGGAGGUCAAGACACAGCAACUAGAGAUUAAACUGAGUAACAAAACGGAGGAGGACAUUAAAAAAGCCAGGCGGAAAUCCACACAAGCAGGCGAUGAUCUGAUGCGCUGUGUGGAUUUAUACAAUCAAGCCCAGUCCAAAUGGUUUGAGGAGAUGGUCACCACUAGCUUGGAGCUGGAGAGACUGGAGGUUGAGAGAAUUGAAGUAAUACAGCAGCAUCUGCGACAGUACACAACCCUGAGACAUGAGACUGACAUGUUUAACCAAAGUACCUUGGAGCCAGUAGACCAGCUGCUCCAGAGUGUGGACCCCGCCAAAGACAGAGAGCUAUGGGUGAAGGAACACAAGACAGGAGAGUUAAGGCCUGUAGAUAUGGACAUCUAG